CUGGCUCGUUGCCUUUCACUGGCCGCUUCUUGAGCUGACAAAGGGCUGAGUGUAAAAGAAUUUUGGGUGCUAAUUCACCCUUCUCUGUUUGGCAGUCAUCUGCAUUUUUGAUGAAAAUUUCUAUUUUAUUGUCACAUUCAUGCGAUCCAGACUUCAAAUAAAACAGCUCCGGUGGUGUUUAUUUUAAGUAUCCAUUUGCAUCACAGCUAUCGAUAAUGGGGAAACGGACAGGAUUCUUGAAGAAGUCCAAGUCCAUCACAGGGAAAAGUUUUACAAAGCCUUCAAUUAAACCAUCAAAUACGAGGAAAAUAAUACGAAGAUAUCAUCUGCUACUCAAUAAAAAAGAUAUCAUUUAUCAAAAGCUAUCACACAUACACCAAAAGGAUAUAAAUGAUUCAAAUAUAGGAGAUUUCAUUAAAACUAGACCGAAAGCAACCACAUCUGGUGCUAUAAAUAUACCCACAGAGCAAGAGUUACUAUCAGCAAGCAAUGAAACAUCUUUACCUAAGCUAUACUUAUUAUUAGAAAAGAUAAAUUAUGAAAUAAUAGAGAAAGGUGGUUUAUCAAAAUAUCAGAUCGCAUCUAUUUAUGGGCAAGAAUCUAAAAGGGGAAGUGAUUCAUCAAAAUGGUUAUUUGAAACAAUUCCAGAAUUGAAAGAGAUGAAAGAUACUUUGAAAGUUUUAGAAAUUGGUUCACUUUCAACUCAAAAUGUUGUGUCUAAAUAUGCAAACUCAAUCACAAGAAUAGAUUUGAACUCAAAUGAACCAAGUAUAUUGAAACAAGAUUUCAUGGAAAGACCAUUACCAAAAAAUAAUAAUGAAAAAUUCAAUCUGAUUUCCUGUUCAUUAGUUUUAAACUUUGUUCCAACUGCAAAAGGUAGAGGUGAAAUGAUGCAAAGAUUUGAAAAAUUCCUAGAUAAAGAAGCUGAUUCACCCUUAGUGUUUAUUGUUUUACCCCUAAGCUGUAUAAAAAACUCAAGGUAUUGUGACAAAGCACAUUUUGAGAAAAUAUCAAACUCAUUAGGUUACGAACUGAUCAAGUAUAGUGAAGCCAAAAAAUUAGUUUAUAUGGUUCUGAAAUGGACUGGAAAACUUGAACCGAAAUCAUUUCCAAAGAAAAAACUGCAUGAUGGUCCUGCAAUGAAUAACUUUAGCAUAAUUAUAGAGAAAUAGCAUUAAUAACGUACACAAUUGUACUAUUCUUUAUACUAACGUAGUAGUGCCCCGUUCGAUCUUUGUUGAUGUUGCGCGGUACCGAUAUUUUCUAUUUGAUUUUUUGGAAAACAGUGUAGAGAUUUUGGAUGGCCAAUGUUCAAUCAAC